CCGCCUCUGUGACUGCGAGGCUAGCGACCUGAGCGGGGCUGAGCGCCUCACCUGGCUCACCUUACAGCCGCUCUGAAACUCAAUGCCACGGCACAAAGGCUCCGGGAAAUAAGCGCUUAUUGUCAGAGACCUGAGCGUCUCUUCGGAGCCACAUACUGUAUGUUGACAUGGAACCGGUGUACCGGGGUCUGGGCCGCUGUGUGUGCUGUUUCUGGCUCGCAGUAGCCUUUGACAUUGUGGGACUGCUGGUGCUCCUCAUCGGGGUGUUUGUGAACGUGUUCUUCUAUGACCUGCUCAUCUACGCGGGCGCCAUCGUCAUCUUCCUCAGCCUCAUCUGGUGGGUGUUCUGGUACUCCGGGAACAUCGA